AUGAAUUUUGCUAUUGGUUUUGUUGCUUUAUGCUUUUAAGGAUUGGUCUUGUAUCCUUGGCAUGAAACCAUCUCUGAAUAAGUGGCCAAAUUAGAGAACAAUAUUGUAAGAUUGGAAUAGAUGGAAGCGUAAUUAAAGACUCAUAUGGAGAGAAAUUAGGAGUUGAUUAAGCAAAGAAUAAUUGAGAAUGGAAAAAAAAUAUGA